AUGACUCACCGAAUGGCUAGACAAGAAAAAGAAGAAAAGGUUCCAUCCGUUGAUGUUUCUAUUUCAGAAGAUGUAAGAGAGUCCAAUAAAAUACCUGUCGGAAACCAAGAACGAAUGAUUGAUCUUAAUGGAGAAACCGUGGAAAUUCAGAUGAUGGUUAGGGAUAUUAUUAAAAAAUAUCCUGACGUAAGGACCACCAUGAAUCUUCGCGAAUUGUGGACACCAUCAAAACAGAGCAGGGCUAAAAGUAUUCCGCGUCCACAAAAUGCCUUUAUGCUUCUCCGAAAGGAUGUAUCACGAGAAUUUUGUAAAGCAAACCAAUCUUUGUCGGUCCGUGAUUCCUCGGCUAUAGCAUCAAAUAGGUGGAAUAAAAUUUCCGACGACAAAAAACAAUUUUGGAUAGAUUUGGCCGAAGUUUGCAAGAAAUUGCAUUCUUACAACUAUCCAGAUUAUAAAUAUUGUCCUGAGAGAAAUAAACCAACAAAGCCAAGGAGAGCUAGUGCUACCGAUACUGGAAGAAAAGGAAAGAAGUCCCGUAGAGAACAAAUUGCACCUUACACUCUCAAGUCUCCAUCUUCAAGAACUGUCAGCCUUGUUGAUCCACCCAUUGUUCCAAGUCAAACUUUGGUCAAUGAAAGUUCAACGCACACUCUAAAAACCUUCACGACUGAAAAUUACGUGCGCCCUACGAUCCAUUCUCCAAUUUACACUACAGCUAAUGAAAACGUGUCACGUAUUUAUCAGCAAAAACCUACCCGUAACGAGGUGACAACUCGAUUUUCCGACGCGGAAACUUCUCCGCGUGCAAAUGCAUAUACGAUAUCCACACACAGACCAACCACACGAUCAUCGGCAGUUAAUACCAGAAAUAGGCAGGCAAUUAUUAAUCAAACUGCACCUUAUCCGUCAAGACGUCAUCAUCCUGCAUCAAAUUCAGUAAGAUCUCCGCGCCAAAUGAAUACGAGAUCUCGGACUACUGCACAAGAAAAAUAUGUCCAAGAAAAUAAUUCACAUCUUGAUCAAUCUAUGCCACGGCAACCUAGUUCUACGACCAUUUCACCUACAGGGCACUCCCUAAAUAACCAACAGCAAUUUGUUUAUAUUGAUUCUGCGGGUCCAGAAAAUUUUGGAGAAAGAAGACACGAUUCGGCUACACUCUAUAAUACCAUUAUUUCACCGACUACUGUAUACAAUUCAGUGGUCCAACCAGAUCCCCGGUUAAUUAUGACUCAACAAUCAUAUCUGGCUUCUCCUGUGCUACCAGUACCACCUCAAUGUGCCCCAACCACGACAUAUAUGAGACCCACGAGCGAUCAACAAACAUAUAUCAAUCCAACCCUCCUCGCCACCUCGCCCUCGUUUUACACACAGCCUCAGAUGAGUCGGUACAUAAAUCCCAACAUAAUAUCUGCCACUCAACCUUCCUAUCAACAGCCAACCGAUUAUUUGUCAUCCAAUCCUGUGCACUUUCAACAAACGAACGCAGAUCGUAUGCAUCAACCUUUUUUAAUGUCAUCGCCCCCACCAACUUCCGAGACCGAAUAUUAUUACCAGCCAUCAGAUGAUUUAUAUAUAUUGAACCAUCAAUUAGGUCUAAGCGGGACCAUCGAUCCUGCUUUACUUUAUCAAAACGAUCCAUUAUUUACUAGUUUCUCGUAUGGAAGAGGUCCAAGUCCAAAUUUGUGA